AUGUCCUCUACUUCUGAACUUUAUAAUAAGAAGUGCUAUUGCACAAAAUGCAGCAAUAAUCAACAAGGCUACAGCUUUGUUUCUACACAAACUCUUCAGCAUCACAAUAAAAGAGCAAGAUAUGAAGACAUGGAAAGAAGUGAAAGAAAUAUAUCUGUUCAAAGAAAUCUCAUGGAUAUUGAUUUUGAAACAAUGUGCAGUCAGACCAACUCACCUGUUUGGGAAGGAGCCGCAAUUUCUGACAAUGAGGUUGCUUUUAGCAAUGAGUCGAAUGGCGAAAGUAGUGAUGGUGAUGAAAAUGACAAUGACAAAGAAAAUUCUUUUGCCACCCCAAAUAUGCCUGAAAAUCUGGUACACAGGUUCAUUGCUACUUUUGUGAUAAUGUUUGCUUCCCACUAUGUGGUCAAUAAGGGUGCUGAUGUCUUGAUUGAGUUCAUCAACAAGCUCUUGUCAAUUUACGAGCAGGAUUUCCAAUUGCCCGUGAGACUUUCUGGUCCCCAAAGCAUGACAGGAUUCUCAGCCAUGACAAAAGGGAUUAAAAGAUUUGUCGUGUGUCAGGAUUGCCACAAGGUAUAUGAGGAAAGUGUACCUGCUCCUUUGAAUUGUGAUUUCAUAAAGCUUGGUGCACAUACCGCCUGUAAUUGCAAAUUAAUGGUCCAAUCAUUGUCUGGUGGUUUGGUCGCAAAGAAGUCUUAUGUAUAUCAGUCUCUCACACAUGCUCUUAAAAUUCUUUUCCUCUAUCCCAAUUUCGAGCAAAAGAUCAUGCACUGGAACCAAGAAUUCAAGAUCACUGAUACAUUGUGUGAUGUUUACAAUGGUGAAGCCUGGACUGAUUUGAAGGACAAUGACAAUGAAUUUUUUGUUGAGCAUCCUCGUUCAUUGAUGCUGACAUUAAACAUCGACUGGUUCCAACCUUUCAAUGGUACUAGCUAUUCCUGCGGUGCUAUCUAUCUGGUGAUUAACAAUCUGCCUAGAAGUGGGCAGUUUAAAGCAGAAAAUACAAUCCUUGUUGGCCUUGUUGUAGUGGUUGAAGUUGAAGAAGUUUUUAAGAGGAAGAAAUGA